AUGGAUUGCUCUACAAAGACAAAGUUCAACUUUGUAAACCUGAAACAUCCGGACGAUAUCAAAGAUGAGGGAACGCAGUUUCGCAUUCGGCGUCUAGCGAUGGCCGAGGUUGGCAAAGCGCGAAGAAAGCCAAAGACGAGAAAGGAGCGCAACGAAAUCGUCCUCGAACUUCGUAAUUCAACGGAGAUGCACUCUAGUCUAGAACGCUUCGGUGGCGGCCAAAUUGAUCCCUUCAGCCAUUACCCCAUUGAACUCGAUGAUUCUGAUCGAGCUUUGCUAGCAAACAUUUUUGACCCAACCACCAACCACUCGAGCCAGCUGCGGGGUUGCUGGUACCCUGUAGGACUCAGCUGUGCAGCCGCAUUUCACAACGUCCUGUCAAACUCUCAGAACUUUUUGUUCCAGAAGCUGAAUGGAUUCUUUCCUUCACAGGACGAUGCUUUAGCUUUGACCCAUCGUCAUAAAGCACUCCGUGCCGCCAGCGAGAUGAUGAAGGACCCCACCAAGCACAAGAGCGACGAGAUCAUCGGGACUGUGGCAUCGUUCAUGUGUCAUCAUGCUUUGCUGGGGACUUUCGCCGAUGGCCAUUGGCACAAGCAUCGAAAUGCACUCGUAAGCAUCGUCGGGCUCAGAGGCGGCUAUGACGCCAUCGACAAAGAGCACCUUAGGAUCACUUUGACAUGGGCAGACUUAGUAGGCUGUUUUUCGCAAGACAUUCCGCCUGUGGUCCCCUUGCCACGUCAAUGGGAGUCUGACUCCAGAUCUCCACCGAACUCGCCACGACCGCAUAGCCCUAUAUCCUUAUUAUGGAAGCAACAGCUGCCGAUGCAACUAGACUGGAUCACGAUAUUUGACGACAUUGUGCAGCUAAUCUCGGUUGAUCGAGCAUUCAACAAAGAACAGCUGCUAUUGUCAAUCAGCAGCGGCAGCUGGAUGGAGCCAACCGCGUAUCGUCUCUUGUCCAUACGGCCCUUACUACAGGGCAAUGACCGUGGACACGUGAUAGAAGAGGUGUGUCGGCUUGGCACUCUGUUAUUUCUCUCGCCCUUCUGGAGGUUACUGGGACGGUCAAUUGUGCGAACGGCAGCCAUAUCUCGCAAGCUUCUACUCCUGCUCAUGAAGGACAUGGUAGAGUGGAAUGAGCUCAAGCCAUUACUGGUGUGGGUGCUAUACUUCGCUGCGAGCGAGACAAAAGAUCUAGCGGAACGAAGUCAAUACGUCUUCAUGCUGGCAGUCCUUAUGAGUGGCAUGCGGCUGCAAGAGUGGAACAAGACCAUGCAAAUCCUCAAGAAUGUCUUGUGGGUUGAGAAGGUUUUUGCAGGCAGCGACGACCUGAUUCGGGACGAGGUCAUGCAGAUCGUCAAGCAAAAUCCUGUGGGGACUAUGGUCCUAGUUGACAGUUCACCAACGUUUCUGGAUGGGUUUCCGGGUGAGAUCGGCAGAGACUAG